AACAAAAUGUGGAAAAAGUGAAGCGCUGUGAAUACUUCCCAGAUGCACUGUAAAUUGUGUGAUAUAUCGGCAUUGUAGUGGCCUAUCGGCCCCCUGCUGUCUGGAUAUCAGCAUCGGCCAUUAAAAAACCCAUAUCGGUCGACCACUAUCUAUAGUUGAAGUCAGAAGUUUACAUACACCUUAGCCAAAUACAUUUAAACUCAGUUUUUCACAAUUACUGACAUUUAAUCGUAGAAAACAUUCCCUGUCUUAGGUCAGUUAGGAUCACUACUUUAUUUUAAGAAUGUGAAAUGUCAGAAUAAUACUAGAGAGAAUUGUUUAUUUCAGCUUUUAUUUCUUUCAUCACAUUCCCAGUGGGUCAGAAGUUGACAUACACUUUGUUAGUAUUUGGUAGCAUUGCCUCUAAAUUGUUUAACUUGGGUCAGAAGUUUUGGGUGUCCUUCCACAAGCUUCUCACAGUAAGUUGCUAGAAUUUUGGCCCAUUCCUCCAGACAGAAUUGGUAUAACUGAGUCAGGUUUGUAGGCCUCCUUACUCGCACAUGCUUUUUCAGUUAUGCCCACAAAUUUUCUAUCAGAUUGAGGUCAGGGCUUUGUGAUGGCCACUCCAAUACUUUGUUGUCCUUAAACCAUUUUGCCACAAUUUUGGAGGUAUGCUUGGGGACAUUGUCCAUUUGGAAGACCCAUUUGUGACCAAGCUAUAACUUCCUGGCUGAUGUCUUGAGAUUUUGCUUCAAUAUAUCCGCAUGAUUUUCCUUCCUCAUGAUGCCAUCUAUUUUGUGAAGUGCACCAGUCUCUCCUGCAGCAAAGCACCCCCACAACAUGAUGCUGCCACCCCCAUGUUUUACGAUUGGGAUGGUGUUCUUCGGCUUGCAAGCCUCACCCUUUUUUCCUCCAAAAAUAACAAUGGUCAUUAUAGCCAAACGUUUCAAUUUUGGUUUCAUCAGAUCAGAGGACAUUUCUCCAAAAAGUAAGAUCUUUGUCCCCAUGUACACUUGCAAUCUGUAGUCUGGCUUUUUUAUGGUGUUUUUGGAGCAGUGGCUUCUUCCUAGCUAAGCAGCCUUUCAGGUUAUGUCGAUAUAGGACUCGUUUUACUGUGGAUAUAGAUACUUGUCUACCUGUUUUCUCCAGCAUCUUCACAAGGUCCUUUGCUGUUGUUCUGGGAUUGAUUUGCAUUUUUCGCACCAAACUACAUUCACCUCAAGGAGACAGAAUGUGUCUCCUUCCUGAGCAGCAUGAUGGCUGCGUGGUCCCUUGGUGUUUAUACUUGCGUACUAUUGUUUGUACUGAUGAACGUGGUACCUUUAGGCAUUUGGAAAUUGUUCCCAAGGAUGAACCAGACUUGUGGAGGUCCACAAGGCUGAUCUCUUUGGAUUUUUCCAUGGUGUCAAGCAAAGAGGCACUCUGUUUGAAGGUAGGCCUUAAAAAACAUCCACAGGUAAACCUCCAAUUGCCCAAAGGCUUGACAUCAUUUUCUGGAAUUUUCCAAGCUGCUUAAAGGCACAGUUAACUUAGUGUAUGUAAACUUCUGACACACUGGAAUUGUGAUUUAGUCAAUUAAAAGUGAAACAAUCUGUCUGUAAACAGUUAUUGGAAAAAUUACUCAUGUCAUGCACAAAGUAGAUGUCCUAAAUGACUUGUCAAAACUAUAGUUUGCUAAUAUGAAAUCUGUGGAGUGCUUAAAAAAAUUAGCUUUAAUGACAUAAACCUUAGUGUAUGUAAACUUCUGACUUCAAAUGUAUACUAAUCUACUAUUUAUAAUGCUGAAUGUUGUGCAUAAUAAAGCUAUGGGGCAAUUUAAUCCUUAUGUCAUGUCUGAUUUGAUUUCAUCAGUGAAUUAUUAUUACUACCAUUGAAUAUGUAUUUUUGAAAAUAAUAUUUAGAUGUAAUCAGUGACAAUAUAUAUUUUUUUUAUUUAUUUUUUUUAAUAAAAAAUAUUUUAAAUGUAUGUCAUCAGUGACAUUGGGUAAGCAGUAUAUGUACAGUAUAUAACAUGAUUCCGUAUUUCCAGUAAGCAGAAUUAUCUAAUAUUUCCAUUUGGUGUCACUGUUGCCCUGUUGUAGGCUUAUUUUAGUCCCUGUUCAUCACUGAUGGAUUAUUUAACACUUUUAAGAACAAUAGUUUUAGCCAAAUUUUACAGGAAAGGAACUGUUUUGCAUAUGUCUUUAUAAUAUAAUAAUACUAAAAAACUUUCAAUCUUAACUUUUCUUGAUUUAGGCUUAGUUUAAAGAACCGUGAACUGAACCAAACCAAACCGUGAGCUCAUUAUCGUGAACCGAAUUGUGAGAUGAGUGAAUGUUUACACCCCUUACACACACUGAUAAUCUAAUUUAAUCAUGUAUGUUACAUCAUCUCAAUGGGCAGCUGCACUGAAGAGGCACUGCAAGCUUUAUGCUUUAGUUUGAGUCAAAACUUAUAAUUAGUGUGUACAUUUUAAAAUUCAAAUGAUGCUUAGGGAAAAAGUUACAGGGCUCGAAAUUAAGAAUUAUCAUGUGCUUGUCUUUCGGACAGGAAAAUUGGUCAUUCACUUGUCUGGAGAGAAAAAUACAUUUAAAGUAAUAGUUACAUCCUCAGUUAACAUGUCAAAGUUUCUGUUGUAUGUUUUAAAAAAAAAAGAAAGCCCAACCUAAUGGUAUGUCCACUGUCGGCCAUCUUUGGAAAGCUCUCGGGAGGCUAUUUCCAGUCAUGACAGUGCAGCUCCUAUCUACUUGAAUGGAGAAAGACCAAAAUUUCUAAAUCAUCAAGGUUAUGAUAAAAACAUAUUUCCAAUCAGCAAUAAAAAAAAUCUGACAGUACUGUUAUGAGAAAUUUUGAUUAAUUACCUCAUAUUACGCUGAAAAACGCAAUUUUCCCAGCUUGUAUAGCUAAUGUGCUUGCGUGUUAUAGAGUUGAUUGACAGGUGAUCUCUGGAUAUAAAAGGUGAUUGGCUCUUUUAACUUUCUAUAUCCGUUGACCGUUUGGUGUUCAGAGCUUCUUGGUUGAGCGUUCCAAUUUCUCCCAUAAAUUAUUAUUAUUAUUUUUUUCUCCCCUUUUCUCCCCAAUUUGGUAUGCCAUUUAAAUAAAAGUGGCCCAUCUCUGCUAAAUAAUCUCUGACUUGAUACACUGUGACCUCCCCUAGGGGGUCAUGGUCAAGGUAGCCAAGGACUCAGAGGGCUCAGAGCUCAUAGGCACCAAACCAGGAAUGGAAUCUCUUGGGCCACAGAGGCUAGGAGUACCGAGUCUGUGACCAUCAAGACUUGGACCAAUGGAAUGAAGGGGCCUCAAUGACUGGAAUUUCCAAAACCAAUGAAGCAGGGACCCCUCUCUUCCUUCUCUUAACUCUCGCCACCUUCGUAAAGCAAGUGCUGCGAGCCGCCUCCAGAUAGCAAGCGCUGAGUACUGUCUCUGACAAGCGAGUUUUUGGCGCCGCCCUUGGUGAACAAGCACUGGAAGUCAGGAGAGUGUGAUUGCCGUGGGUACGGAUUGCAAAACCCUAGGUAUAGUUUAUGAAUCUGUGGGUACAGAUUGCAAAAUUGAGCGUACGGUUUAAAAACCAUGGGCACGUUUAGUUAAAACAAGGGAUCAGUUUACAGUUCUGUGAGUAUGGUUUAUAAACAGAGUACAGAUUGCGAAAUCGUGGGCAUGGAUCAGCAGUUCUCUUUAUAUUUCCUCUUAUUGGUCCAUAGAAAUGAGAUAACAUAGAAGAACAAUUAAACUACUAAAAUACGGAGAAAAAAAAAAUUUAAGAGUAAAGACCAUGACUUUGAAGCUCUGCACAAAUUCACUUUUUCUAAAACACUAUUUCAUAGCCUAAAAAAAGGAUGUUUCUUUCUUAUCAUAACUUAUUUUACUUUAAAGUGAGACCUUUUUUAUUUACUGUACAACAUAUUGUCAAAGAAAUGAUCAGAACAUCAAACAGAUCUGAAAUUUCUCAUGUAGAAUACAACAAAUAUUGUUUCACUCACAUACCAAAUAUAAAUCAAGUACAAUUGAAAAGACCACAAUGUGUAAUUACACAACAAUCACAAUCCACACCUUCAAAUAAGCCGCACCCUUUUCAAUUAGCUUAUAAAUGCUUGGAAUAUUCCCAUCAUCCUAUAGGUGAAGAAAGAAGAAUAAGGUGGCAUAUAAAGAGGGAACAACUCCAAGUGUAACAGCUGAAGUCUAUUGACAUACUGUUGCAACAGUGAAGACAUGAGUGAUCUAAAACCAUGCAGAAUAAAAUUUGAAGAUACUGAGGAACAAAUAGACCUGAUGGAGGUGAAAGAGGAAAUUCAAGAACUAAAUGACAUAGAUCAGAAACACCAUCAGCAUCCUAAAUCUAAUAAUUCAAUAACUGAUGAAGAAUCUAAUAUUUGCUUCAAGAGUGAAAGGAAUUUCUCACAAAAAAGCACUCAAAGAACAAGAGCCAAAUAUUCUUUCAUCUGCCCUCACUGUGGAAAGAGAUUCACAAAAAAAGCAGGUCUUCAAAGGCACAUGAGAAUUCACACUGGAGAGAAACCUUUCACAUGCACUCAGUGUGGAAAGAGUUUCACACAAGAAGGAAACCUUAAGAGACACCUGACAAUUCACACCGUGGAGCAGCUUUACACCUGUCCUCAGUGUGGAAAGAGAUUCACAAAAAAAGAUCUACAGAGGCACCUGAGAAUCCACACUGAAGAGACGCCUUUCACAUGCACUCAGUGUGGAAAGAGUUUUACACAAAAAGGAAGCCUUAACAAACAUAUGAGAAUUCACACUGAAGAGAAGCCUUUCACAUGCCCUCAGUGUGGAAAGAGUUUCACACAAAAAGCAUCUCUAAAGAGGCAUCUGAUAAUUCACGCUGGAGAGAAGCCUUUCACAUGCACUCAGUGUGGAAAGAGUUUCACAAUAAAUAAAACCCUUCAGGAACACAUGAGAAUUCACACUGGAGAGAAGCCUUUCACCUGCCCUCAGUGUGGAAAGAGUUUCACAGAAAAAAGAAGCCUUAAGGAACACAUAAGAAUUCACACUGGAGAGAAGAAGCCUUUCACAUGCAUUCAGUGUGGAAAUAGUUUUACACAAAAAGGAAGCCUUAAGGAACACAUGAAGAUCCACACUGGAGAGAAGCCUUUCACAUGCACUCAGUGUGGAAAGAGUUUUACACAAAAAGGAAGCCUUAAGGAACACAUGAGAAUUCACACUGGAGAGAAGCCUUUCACAUGCCCUCAGUGUGGAAAGAUUUUCACAAAUAAAGCAGAUCUAAAGAGGCAUCUGAGAAUUCACACUGGAGAGAAGCCUUUCACAUGCCCUCAGUGUGGAAAGAGUUUCACACAAGAAGGAAACCUUAAGAAACACAUGAGAAUUCACACUGGAGAAAGGCCCUUUACAUGCCUUCAGUGUGGAAAGAGUUUCACACAAGAAGGAAACCUUAAGAAACACAUGAGAAUUCACACUGGAGAAAGGCCCUUUACAUGCACUCAGUGUGGAAAGAGUUUCACAAUAAAGAAAACCCUUCAGGAUCACAUGAAAAUCCAUACUGAAGAGAAACCUUUCAAGUGUUCUCAUUGUGAAAAGUGUUUCAUGAUGUCAGAAAAUCUGAGAACCCAUGAGACAGUGCAUACUGGAGAGAAGCCAUACCACUGCACUUCAAGUGGAAAGAGUUUCAUUUAAUCAAGUAAUCUACUCUCAUCUAAGAAAGUGUUGUCCAAAUUUGUCAUACUGAGCAAAGAUCAUUUUCAGGGUAUACUCUUUUUCCAAUAAACGCUGUGAAAUUCAGAUUCACAGAGUCACAAAGAUGCAAUUUAUAUGAUCAGAAACUACAUAAUAACUGGCAAAUAGCAGCACAAAUGGAGAUUGCACCAGUUUGAUCUUAGAGUUCUGAGCCCAGCCUAGUGUAAUCAAACCAGUUUGGUCGUGCAUGCAUUUUCACUAGCCAAAAUCCCACACCCAACAAAAAGUGAUAAAGGUACUGAAGACUGUUACUGCAUGCAUUUCUUUGGAAAUUCUUUGGAGUUUAGCAGGACACGAGACAUUGUCCAUAAUUCAUGGAAGUCUAGACUUUAAACCCAUUCGUUCUAAAUUGUACUUGCCUUUAUGAAAGAUUACCAUUGCUCUUCUAUUGCUUAAGAUUGGCAUUUCUAAUAAUAAGUCCAAAACUACUGGUAAGACCAUGGACAGCUCUAUAUUACCAUGGUUAUAAUCUUUAUAAAAAAUAAACUAGUAUUUUUUUUAAUGAAAAAACUAAUAGCCUAAGCACACUUUGGAUAUUAGAUAAAUGCAAGAACAUGUCUUAUUUUUAUUUUUAAUUUGUUUAAGUACUGUGUAAAAUGUAUUUCUCUGAAUUAUUUACUUUAUACUUUGCUAUACUAAACAUUACUAUGUUUAUUUUCAUUAUAUGUAACCUUACAACUAUUCCUUAUAAGUUUGACAUAGUGUACCUUGUUUGUAAUGCUUAUAAUGUUGUACAUUUGAACGUUCAGAAGAUAGCGUCAAUGUAUUAGUUUUGAGCUUUAAUGAAGUAACCUUGUGUAUGUAACAUAAGCAAAUAGCUUCAUCAAACAGCUGUUUCUUUGUAAUAUUAAACAUGAAAACAGAGAAAAGUUAUUUAACUGCUUUACACCAUAGAAGAACAUGUACAUGUAGUAGAAUAAAGAAGUUUAACCUAAAUGUAACCAAUGAGAUAAACAUGUAGUAAUCAUAAGUGUACAACAGAGGAUGGGGUAUGUAUGAAUAGUUUUACAGACAAGACUCUUGAGAAAGAGAUCCAGGAGAAGAAAAAGUCGUCUGGCUAAGAAACUGCAAAAGAGGGUUUUAAAGGCGCUCUCAAAGCUGCAAGCGAUGUCACCCAGAGAAUCCUUUAACUCUGAAAGAAUGCGGAGACUGACUAUAUAAAGACUGAUGAAUUGAUUGAACAUGGGAUUCAGCAUCGAUUUACACUGUUUCCCCAACACUGCUGUUGCUCAAUUGAGAUUGUUUUCUAACCAUUUACAGUACCUUUUUAAUUUUAAGUGUUAUGACUAAAGCAUUGUAACCAAUAAAACUGAGGGUUUUAUGUC